AUGAGUGUCAAGUCUCACACCAGCGUGGACAUUGUGUCUGAAAAGGUGCUCCCACCUUCGCACCAUGAAGAUAUGGCUCCUGAAGAGGUUGCAUUCGACCCAACAGCAGACAAGAAAUUGGUCCGGAAGAUCGAUAUCCACCUGAUACCUAUCCUCUGCCUGUUGCUCAUCUGUGCUUUCGUUGACCGAAUCAACAUUGGUAAUGCUCGAAUCCAAGGCCUCGAAGCAUCUCUCAAUAUGCAUGGCAGCGACUAUAAUACUGCUUUGUACACCUUCUUCAUUACAUACGUCCUCUUCGAGGUGCCCUGCAACAUGCUACUCAAGAAGAUCAGACCUUCGGUAUUCUUGUCAGCGAUCAUCGGAUGCUGUGGUGUUGUGACCAUUGGACAGGGAGUCACAGCUAGUUUUGAAGGUCUUGUUGCCUGUCGAGUUCUUAUUGGACUUUUUGAGGCUGGUUUCGUUCCUGGCUGCGUCUAUCUCAUCAGCAUGUACUACAAAAGGCAUGAGCUACAGUGGCGCAUCAACUUGUUCUAUGCCGCGUCAAUCCUCUCGGGGGCCUUUUCAGGCUUCCUCGCAUACGCUAUCGCGCACAUGGAUGGCAUAGGAGGCUACGAAGGCUGGCGCUGGAUCUUCAUCCUUGAAGGUGCCGCGACAGUAUUGAUUGCAUCUGGAUCAUAUUUCGUCGUUCCGGACUGGCCCAAUACAGCACACUUUUUGUCCGAGGACGAGCGAAAGAUGGUUCUACAGCGACUUGCCGCAGAUACACCUGAUAGCAGCAUGAAUCACUGGAAUAAACGGACUGCUGGUCGCGUUUUCGGGGACGCCAAGAUUUACCUUGGCGCCGCAAUGUACUUGGGUAUCGUGACUUCAACCUACGCGACAUCGUUUUUUACACCUACCAUACUCCAGCUGCUGGGAUACACGUCGUUAAGAGCUCAAGUCAUGUCAAUUCCGAUCUAUCUUGCAGCAACAGUCGUUACACUAAUUACCGGCAUUGCCACGGACAAGCUACGCCACCGCUUUGGUUUUAUCAUCGCCGGUUGUUUGACUUGUUCCAUAGGAUAUGCCAUACUCCUCUCGAUGAUGACGGUUCCUGUUGGAGCUCGCUAUUUUGCGCUAUACCUCAUCACUUGUGGGUGCUGGCUGGCACAACCUAUCACUGUGGUAUGGCUCAACAACAACCUCGGAGGGCACUACAAGCGAGGAAUCGGGGCCGCGGUUCAGCUCUCUAUUGGAAAUUGCAGCGGUGUAGUGGCAAGCAACAUCUUUCUGACUAGCCAGGCGCCAACUUACCAUCUCGGCUAUGGUAUGGGCCUUGGCUUUGUCUGGUUGUGCGGGUUCGCGGCCAUAACCUUUCUCUUCCUUAUUAGACGUGAGAAUAAGGUUCGCGACAUCGGUGGCCGUGAUGAUAGGCUGAACCUCCCUGUACAGGAGCAACAGAACCUGGGCGACGACCAUCCUAGGUUCAGAUUUACUUAUUGA